GGUGACAUAGUUCGGUGACAUAGUUCGGUGACAGUUCUAACAUGUUGCUCGGCUUGACACCGAGCCGACGGCUGCUCCCCGGCCGCCACUGCCUGCUGCAGUGCCGCCGCCUCAAGACAGAACACACCGCCAGGAGUGGUGUUCUGGACGGCGUGCUGUCUGCAUUCAGGUCGAUUUGUGGCGAGGACGGCGUCUCAUUGGGGGAAGCAGUCAGAGAGCAACAUGGCAAAGACGAGUCCGUCCACAGAUGUUGCCCCCCAGAUGUGGUGCUGUUUCCCCGUUGUGUGGAGGAGGUCAGCGCCCUGGCCAAGAUCUGCAGCCGCCAUCGCCUUCCCAUCAUCCCCUUUGGCACUGGAACAGGCCUGGAAGGAGGAGUCAGCGCAGUCAAGGGCGGCGUGUGCUUCAGUCUGAGGAACAUGGACCAGGUUCUGGAUCUCCACCAGGAGGACUUUGACGUGACGGUAGAGCCCGGUGUGACUCGGAAGGCCCUCAACGCCUACCUGCGGGGCACCGGCCUGUGGUUUCCUGUCGACCCCGGGGCCGACGCCUCUCUGUGCGGCAUGGCGGCCACCAGUGCGUCUGGCACCAACGCAGUGCGUUAUGGAACCAUGAGGGAGAACGUUUUGAACCUGGAGGUCGUGCUGGCUGACGGGAGCGUCGUUCACACGGCCGGGAUGGGCCGGCGUCCCAGGAAGACGGCUGCAGGCUACAACCUGACCAACCUGUUCGUGGGCUCAGAGGGCACCCUGGGGAUCAUCACCAAGACCACCUUGCGCCUGUACGGCAUCCCGGAGGCCACGGUGUCGGCCGUGUGCUCCUUCCCCUCCGUCCAGGCGGCUGUCGACAGCACGGUGCAGAUUCUGCAAGCGGGGGUGCCCGUCGCUCGCAUCGAGUUUCUGGACGACGUGAUGAUGGACGCGUGCAACAGGUUCAGCUCUCUGUCCUACGCCGUGACCCCGACUCUGUUCCUGGAGUUCCACGGCUCCGAGGGCAGCUUGGAGGAGCAGGUCAACACGGCCGAGGACAUCACUCAGAGUAACAGCGGGUCGGGUUUUCAGUGGGCUAAAGAUGCAGAGACACGGGAGCGACUGUGGAAAGCCCGUCAUGACGCCUGGUACGCCAGCCUGGCUCUCAGGCCGGGCUGCAAGGCUUAUGCCACAGAUGUGUGUGUCCCUCUGUCUCACCUGCCUCAAAUCCUGGUGGAGACAAAGGAGGACCUGAUUGAGAACAGGCUGACGGGUCCCAUAGUGGGUCAUGUGGGUGAUGGUAACUUCCACUGUCUGAUGGUGGUGGACCCCGGUGACCCCGAGGAGCUGCACAGGGUCCACCUCUUCGUCGAGAGACUGGCCAGGCGAGCCCUGGCCAUGGACGGUACGUGCACAGGGGAGCACGGAGUGGGCUUAGGGAAGAGAGCGCUGCUGUGUGAAGAGAUGGGACCCGUGGCGGUCCAGCUCAUGCAGCGUCUCAAGGACGCCUUCGACCCGAGGAACCUGAUGAAUCCUGGGAAGAUUCUACUGCCAAGAGAGCUAUAGGCCGCAUGGCGAAAGUCACCGCGAAUCUCAUCACUGAUUCGCCCGUGGCUUGAUCAGAGACUGAUGUCACAGUGACGUGGCAUUUUCAGAGCAUAUUGCACAUGAGGUGUUUUCCUUCUUCUGGACGGGACGUAACGGCAGAGGGAUCGCUUGAGUGACAGCCAAAAGGAAGGCCGUUAUUUCAUCCGGGAUUGUAUGUAAUUAAGCGUUGACAUCAAAAGCACAGGUGUUACCGAGCUGGAUACCAGCCACCGCUCAUUUCCUUUCUUUACACGUGUCCUGCUGUGAGGAGUCAACAUGUCGGCUGUGAGGAAAAAGGCCUCCAGGUCUCUGGUGGUUUUAUGGUGUGUCAGGUGUUCACUCCUCCAGGUUGGAAAAGCAAUAAGCCUCUGAUCUACAAAAUCAAGAAAAUCAAGAAUGUUUUGAAUGGAUCUGUAUUUUCGUUUAUGCAAACAUUUCCCUUUUACUUGUUUUUAUUAUUGAAAUUAGGGCCGCUCGGUCUGGCUGAGUAAUUUACAAAAAUUCCCAAAAAACAAAUAAAGAACUGACUCUGCA